GCCUAACCGCGUCCCCGCCCGGCCCCGGGUCCCCCGCCCCUCCCUGCCCCGGGGCCGGGGCCCCCGCAGCUGCCGCCUCCCAGCCCCUGCGCCCCGGCCCCGGUUCCCCGGGCCAUGCGGCCUCGGCCCCGCGGGCGCCCGCCGCGCACCAGAGGAGAUGAGGCUCCGCAAUGGCACCUUCCUGACGCUGCUGCUCUUCUGCCUGUGCGCCUUCCUCUCGCUGUCCUGGUACGCGGCGCUCAGCGGCCAGAAAGGCGAAGUCGUGGACGUUUACCAGCGGGAGUUUCUGGCACUGCGGGAUCGGUUGCACGCAGCUGAGCAGGAGAGCCUCAAGCGCUCCAAGGAGCUCAACCUGGUGCUGGAUGAGAUCAAGAGGGCCGUUUCGGAGAGGCAGGCGCUGCGAGAGGGAGAGGGCAAUCGCACCUGGGGCCACCUAACAGAGGACCCCCGAUUGAAGCCAUGGAAUGGCUCGCACCGGCAGGUGCUACACCUGCCCACCGUCUUCCACCACCUACCACACCUGCUGGCCAAGGAGAGCAGUCUGCAGCCUGCCGUGCGCGUGGGCCAGGGCCGCACCGGAGUGUCGGUGGUGAUGGGCAUCCCCAGCGUGCGGCGCGAGGUGCACUCGUACCUGACUGACACUCUGCACUCACUCAUCUUCGAGCUAAGCCCGCAGGAGAAGGAGGACUCGGUCAUUGUGGUGCUGAUUGCUGAGCCCUUCUUCCAGGCCUAUUGGGGCAGCAGCAGGGCUAAGGGAGGGUGCUUGGUCUCCCUACAGACUGACCCACAGUACACUUCGGCAGUGACAGAGAAUAUCAAGGCCUUGUUCCCCACCGAGAUCCAUUCCGGGCUCCUGGAGGUCAUCUCACCCUCUCCCCACUUCUACCCUGACUUCUCCCGCCUCCGAGAGUCCUUUGGGGACCCCAAGGAAAGAGUCAGGUGGAGGACCAAACAGAACCUCGAUUACUGCUUCCUCAUGAUGUACGCGCAGUCCAAAGGCAUCUACUAUGUGCAGCUAGAGGAUGACAUUGUGGCCAAGCCCAACUACCUGAGCACCAUGAAGAACUUCGCACUGCAGCAGCCUUCAGAGGACUGGAUGAUCCUGGAGUUCUCCCAGCUGGGCUUCAUUGGGAAGAUGUUCAAGUCGCUAGACCUGAGCCUGAUUGUAGAGUUCAUCCUCAUGUUCUACCGGGACAAGCCCAUCGACUGGCUCCUGGACCAUAUUCUGUGGGUGAAAGUCUGCAACCCCGAGAAGGAUGCGAAGCACUGUGACCGGCAGAAGGCCAACCUGCGGAUCCGCUUCAAGCCGUCCCUCUUUCAGCACGUGGGUACUCACUCCUCACUGGCUGGCAAGAUCCAGAAACUGAAGGACAAGGACUUUGGGAAGCAGGCACUGCGGAAGGAACAUGUGAACCCACCAGCAGAGGUGAGCACAAGCCUGAAGACAUACCAGCACUUCACCCUGGAGAAAGCCUACCUGCGCGAGGACUUCUUCUGGGCCUUUACCCCUGCCGCGGGGGACUUCAUCCGCUUCCGCUUCUUCCAGCCCCUGCGACUGGAGCGGUUUUUCUUCCGCAGUGGGAACAUUGAGCACCCAGAGGACAAGCUCUUCAACACGUCUGUGGAGGUGCUGCCCUUUGAUAACCCUCAGUCGGACAAGGAGGCCCUGCAGGAGGGCCGCGCCGCCACCCUCCGGUACCCUCGGAGCCCUGAUGGCUACCUCCAGAUUGGCUCCUUCUACAAGGGAGUGGCAGAGGGAGAGGUGGACCCAGCCUUCGGCCCUCUGGAAGCUCUGCGCCUCUCCAUCCAGACGGACUCCCCUGUAUGGGUGAUUCUGAGCGAGAUCUUCCUGAAAAAGGCAGACUAAGCCGAGGGCUUCUGAGGGUACCCUGUGGCCAGCCCUGAAGCCCAUGUUUCUGGGGGAUGUCAUCACUGCCGUCCCCGGAGGGUCAGAUAUGGCUCUACCUGAAGGGUUCUGCCCGGCGCCAGGCUCGGGCCGGCCUGGGGUCCGCCGCUGGCCCGGAGGCCCCAGGAGCUGGUGCUGUCCCCGCCCGCCAGGCCGCAGAGGAGGCAGGCGGCCCCCACACUGUGCCUGAGGCCUGGAACCGUUUGCACCGGCCUGCCCCAGCCGGGUCGUUUUAGAAGAGCUUUUUCUUGGGCGCCCGCUGUCUCUGGCGCGAACACUGGAAUGCAUAUACUACUUUAUGUGCUGUGUUUUUUAUUCUUGGAUACAUUUGAUUUUUUCACAUAAGUCCACGUAUACUUCUAUAAGAGCGUGACUUGUAAUAAAGAGUUAAUGAAG